AUGUGCAUGUCCGCUCAAAACAGGGCCGGAGAACGGGCGAAAGAAGUCACGCAGAACCGACAGCGACCCGCCGCGGAGAACGAAGGUGAUAUCGAUCGGGACUCACGUGAUCUCCAUCUCACGAAAGCGUCCGUCGACAAUACUUCGAGCGAAGACCAGCAGUCGAUCGGUCCACAGUCUGACAAGGGGGGGGUCGACCACCACGUCAGCCGUAGAGGGGACGCGGGCGAGGCGAGCCCACCAUUGGUCGAUAGUGAAGAGGCCAUAACCAAUCAGUGUGUUCCCGAGACUUCACUACCA